AUGUUUGAGAACGGGAUCAUUCGGCCAGACCCAUUGACCAACAAGCCCAUCGAGCUGUGGAAGCGGUACCAGCGACAAGGCCGCGUCAGUGAGCCGGCCAAGACCCUCAGGCAAGUUUUUUUCCAAUUUUUAAGUUUAUUUUUAAAGUUUUUAACUUUAACAUUUUAAAUUUUAAAGCUAUUCUAAGUUGAACUUUAGCAUUUUUAAAAGAAUUUAAACGAUUUGAUUGAUUACUAAUUGAUGGUAAUAUAUUGGUAAUUAAACCGACCAUUUCCAAAACAAACAAAUUGUUUCUAUCAAAUAAGAUUUGCUCUGUCAUCUCUGGAAGCAUUCCAAUCGCCAUUACUUUCACGAUGACAGAGAAAUCUCGCUUUCAAAAUGUCAUUUCGGUUUUCACUUUUAUUAAAUUCAAUUUUUCACGUUUUUUAUGAGAAACAGCGGCAAUAAUGGCUCCAAGGAUUUUUGAUCAAUGUAUGUUAGAGUAAUAUAUAUGUUUAAAAAUAGCAUAAUAGGACACUUAGUAGUAAAGAAAAAGGUCAUACUAUACGUUUGCGAAACAGUCCGGACAGGUUUCACCGUAUAAACAUUAUAUAAUACAUUCCCAUGAAUUUUCAAAAUGGUUACAUAUCUUUUUAACUUAACUGUUCUUUGCUUAAUUAUAUAAUUUUAUUUUUUGAUUAUUCUUUCAAAAAAUAUUAGCUCUGUUAACGCUAUCACUUAUCCAUCUAUAAUAAUAUUAUCCUUUAUAGACUAAAUGCCCCAAUCAGCGAGAACAAAGUCAGAUUCGUAUGUAUUUCGGACACUCACGGUAAGCUGGACGAGAUUGUGAAGGAUAUUCCGGACGGUGAUGUUCUCAUUCACGCUGGCGACUUCACCAACUAUGGCGACGUGAGUGAAGUGAUUGCUUUCAACGCAGCGAUGGGAGAGCUGCCACACAAACACAAGCUGGUCAUCGCUGGUAACCACGAGUUGGGCUUCGAAGAUGGAGAAGAGAUGACGGUACAACAACUGGCUGGCCUGAACAUGUUGGGCAUCAACAAGGCCUACGAGUUGCUGACCAACUGUCAUUACUUAUGUGACUCUAAGAUCGAGGUAGGACGUUGGUUGUUUUUAUGUUUAUUUAAAACUUACUAUAACAUAAUAUGAAAUUAUUUUUAAAAAACGUCAAAAUUAAUGGAUAUUAUCUUGUUUUUUUCAGUAGCAGAAAACUCUUGUUACAGUAAGAAAGUUAACUUUUGUUAUACUCAAUUAUAUUUCAAGAUACAUGUUUACUACUUGUGUUUGUAUAUCGUAUGACUUUUCAGUUGUAUGGUCUCAAGAUAUACGGUACCCCAUGGCAUCCGAUGCCCGGCUACUCCUUCUUCAGAGACCGUGGAGCCGCGAUUCUACAGAAGUGGGACAAGAUACCAAGCAAACUAGAUGUACUUAUCACACACACACCUCCACUUGGUAUGUUAUCGGUUAAAUUACAUUUACAAAACAUAGGUUAUGUGUUACCUUAUAACAAUAUUGUUACAUUUAAAACAUUGCUACCUAAUCUUAUCUUUUACUAGAGUUACACCCUUUAUUGUGAUAUUAUCAUCACUUUUCAGGCCACGGUGACUACAACGCCUGGAACAAGCUGGACGGUAUUCUGGCUGGCUGUGCCGAACUCCUGAAUACGGUAGAAUACAGAGUAAAACCCAAAUACCACGUGUUUGGCCAUGUGCAUCAGAAGAGAGGUGCUACCACAAACGGCAAAACAACGUUUAUUAACGCCUCGAUUUGUGACCACAAACUGAAUACAGUAUACCCUCCUAUCAUCUUCGAUGUGCCGCUACCGUACGGCCAAACCAAAGAAGAGGUUUUGGAUUAG